AUGAAGCUCGAGAUGUACGGCAGGGGGCUGGGCCUCCGUAUGGCCAUUCUGUUCACUUGCCUGGUAUCAUUCGUCUUGUUCGGUUACAAUCAAGGGGCCUUUGCAGGUAUCCUUGGGAAUGGAGAUUUUCUCCGGAUCGUUGACUAUCCGAACUCCGCCAUCCUGGGGAUGAUAGUCGGCAUCUACAACAUAGGUUGUUUGGCAGGUGCAGCAGUGGCGUUUCUGACAAGCGACCGCCUCGGGUUUCGGAAGUCGAUGUGGCUAGCAAUGGCUUUCCUGACCGUUGGGGCGUUUCCACAAGCAUGUGCUUAUUCCAGGGCUCAGAUGCUUGUGUCUCGCUUUAUCAGCGGGAUUGGUACCGGCAUUAUGACCUCGAUCGUGCCGGUGUACCAAUCUGAACUGUGCGAAGCCAGGAAUCGAGGAAUGUAUGUCUGCAGCCAGCCUCUUGCUGUCGGAGUUGGCAUCUCGGGGGCUUACUGGUUCGACUACGGAAUGAGCUUUGCCCCUGGAUCUAUCGCUUGGCGGUUGCCUAUUGCUUUCCAGGUGCUAUUCAUCAUUGUGGUUACCAUUCUUGUUGUUGGACUGCCAGAAAGCCCUCGAUGGUUAUGCCGCAAAGGCCGGAAUGGUGAAGCGGUGCAAGUUCUUUGUGACUUUUAUGACCGGCCAUCGAAUGACCCAAAGGUCGUCAACGAUGCCGAGGGCAUUUUCAGAGCCCUCGAACUUGAGAACCUCCGCGGUGAAUACAAGUGGUCCCAGUUGUUCAAGAAGGAUGAGAUCCAGACAGGCAGGCGAGUCCUGCUUGCAUAUGGGCUGCAAUUCAUCAACCAGAUGGGAGGUGUCAACAUCAUUGUUACCUACGUCACAACAGUCCUGGAGGUGAAUGUGGGUCUAGAUCCCAAAACUAGCCUCUUGCUUGGAGGUGUGAUCCAGGUGAUGUUCGUGAUCGGGUCAUUCUAUCCAACUUUCUACUCCGAUCGCCUUGGCCGCAAGAAGCCAAUGAUGUGGGGCUCUUUUGGACUUUUCAUCUGCAUGAUGAUGAUCUCCAUUCUUCUCUCGUUCAAAGGGACUCACCAAGAGAAGACAGCCGGAUGCGCCUCAGUCGCCUUCUUUUUCCUCUUCAUGCUCAUCUUCGGAGCCUCCACCAACUGCGUGCCCUGGGUAUACGGCCCAGAGUUACUCCCCAUGCACGUCCGGACAAAAGGCAACGCCAUUGGAAUUUCGGCAAACUGGCUAUGGAAUUUCUUCGUCGCCAUGAUUGGUCCAACCCUCAUCACUGAUCUCGAGUGGAAGGGAUACCUUAUCUUCAUGUGCUUGAAUUUGUCUUUCUUGCCGAUCCUCUACUUCUACUACCCCGAGACUGCAAACCUCAGCCUCGAAGAAAUCGACUCGCUCUUCAUGACCAAAGGCGCCAAGGGCGGCACCCCGAGCCCCGCAAAUAGUGGCACCGAGAACGAGUCACCGACUGAGGUCAAGACGCCUGCGACGCAAACUUGGGAGAAUAAGGCGUAUGCGAUGUGA